UAACUAUCCCUCCCAUCAUCAAGGAAACCUCUCCACCUUCAAUUAUAUUUGUCAAGUUUUCAGGAGAUUGAGUCAGGAUGGGGAAGGCAGAGAAAGGUACGCCAAAGGACUUGGCCAACAAGAUGAAAGCCAAGGGUUUACAAAAACUCCGUUGGUAUUGUCAGAUGUGUGAAAAGCAAUGUAGAGAUGAAAAUGGUUUCAAAUGCCACACUAUGUCAGAAAGUCACCAGCGACAACUUCUCCUCUUUGCUGAAGACCCUGAUAAGUACCUGGAUAGCUUUUCUCAGGAAUUUUUGGAUGGUUACACUAGUCUUCUCAAACGUCGGUUUGGCACAAAGCGUGUUCAAGCAAACAAUGUGUAUCAAGAAUAUAUCCAAGAUAGACAUCAUAUACAUAUGAAUGCCACACAAUGGGAAACUCUGACUGAUUUUGUUAAGUGGCUGGGUCGUGAAGGCCACUGUGUAGUGGAUGAAACAGAGAAGGGUUGGUAUGUGGCUUAUAUUGACCGAGACCCAGAGACAAUUAGAAGACAGGAGCAGCUUAAACGAAGAGAAAAGUUUGAAAAAGAUGAAGAAGAAAGAAUGCAGGACUUCAUUAAAAAACAAAUUGAACUAGGGCGUUCAAAGAUGAAUGAUGGCGAGGCCCAAUAUACAGAGUUACAGCGUGAUGAAGGUGAGACGAUAGCACUCAACAUUAAACUAGGAAUGACAAAACAAGCUAAGCCUAAAUUGGAUGUUGCUGGUAAUAUACUAAAGGCUCCAUCAACUAGCAAGAUCAAGACCCAAGAAAAAAUAAGAAAGGAUGCCAAAAGGCGUACAGCUUUAGAUGACAUUAUGGAAGAAGAGAUGAAAGGAAAGAAAUUGAAGGAAGAAAUGGACGUUAAAAAUCAAAUAGCAGAAAAGGUUCAAACUAAGGAAGGUUCUUGGUUAACCAAAAAUAUUGUUGUUAAAGUAAUUACCAAAGACUUAGGCUCCAAAUACUAUAAACAGAAGGGAGUGAUUCGAGAAGUCAUCGAUAAAUACAUUGGUUUAGUGAAGUUACUCGAGUGUGGAACUAAGUUGAAACUCGACCAAGCACACUUAGAGACUGUAGUUCCCUCCAAAAACAGAAAGGUAUUGAUCAUUGGAGGCCGAUAUCGAGGACAAGAGGCUGUGCUCAAAAGUAUUCAAGAGGAAACCUUUAGUGCUACCUUGGAGCUGCAAGAGGGUAAAACUGUAGAUGGAGUACCAUAUGAACACUUCAGUAAACUGUAUACUUCUUGAUUAAAUAAAUAAUAAGUUUGUUAACCAUUCAACUAGAUGGUAUUCUAAGGCAUUACUUAACUCAUGAUUCUCCAGUAUAUUUUUCCAUCCACACAACAUGAGGUAGAAGUUUGUGGGGAACCAUUAACUGUGAGCAGAGUUUACAUACAGUAAUUGUAUUUGCCAAAAGAUCUCAAGAGUUGGAUGUAAUCAUUUAUAGACCAAACCUCAGUCUUACUUAGGAUGCCUGAGGGGAAACAGGACACCAUGCCAUCAAGUAAUCAUCCAUGCAUGUGUGGAUAAUGGCUGUAAAACAGUGACGAUGAUAAUAUGUGAGCAAGACAUAUUUUGAUGCAGGUUGUAAGUGUUUGUUUACUUGGUGUAUUGACAGUGAAAAAUAAAGCUAAAGUAUUGUUGACCUUUCUGAGGUGCUGUAAUAUAAGAAAAGAACAAAGGAUUAAGUCACACAUUUUUAGCAUUAAUAUGGUGUUCAAGUUACAGUAAUUAUAAAUGUGGCAUAAAGUUCUGUGUUCAAGUCAUUGUAAGAAUAAACCACUAUUAAAUUAAUUGAUACAUGUACAGUACAACACUAAAGAUUGACAUCAAUAUUCCCAAUGGCAGGAAAUGUUGAGAAAUUUAAAAAAAAAUCUUUUGGGGUUAUUAUAAAAAGCAAAUGUUAUUGGAUCCACAGUAAACAAACUGUGUACCUUUGAUAUUAUUAACCUACUCUACUACAGUAUUUUGUAUCAUGGAAAAAAAAAAAAAUAUUUUUGUGAAGCUGAACAACAAUCUUGUUUAGUAAUGAUCAAGGAUACUUAAUAUUGUCUAGGUUAGGGUUCUGGGUAUUACAUCAGUCAUUUGCUCCAGGAAUUAGAUCAUAUAUUAAUUUGUUAGAACAUUUAAUAAUAGAAUACAAUUAAUCUAAAAAUUUAUUCUACCCAAUAUUUUGUUUAAAUAUCUUCAUCUCAUUUCAAGCACAGUAAGAAAUUAAUAAUUUUCUUUUACAGUACAGUAAAAGAAAAAAAACUAAGAUACUGUACUGUAUAAGAGUAGAGGUACUGUACAGAACUGUAUACUGUAUUAAAGCUUGAAAUGAAAACAGUUUGGCAGGAUCUUUGUUAAAUUUAGAUUUAAGUGAGAAAGUCUAUUUAAUUUACCUUUAUAAAUUUAUAAGUAUGUUCAAAUAUUUAAUGAAAAAUAUUUUAGGUAAUAAAUGUUUUAGAUACACA